AUGGAAGAGAAAAUUCGUUUGGCAGUUGGAAUCAUGGGGAAUGCAGCAGCUCUAUUGCUCUAUUCUGCCCCAAUACUAACCUUCUCGAGGGUAAUAAGAAAGAAAAGCACGGAAGGGUUUUCUUGUGUGCCAUACAUCCUUGCACUAUUGAAUUGUUUCCUCUACACUUGGUAUGGCUUACCAAUCGUUAGUUAUCGGUGGGAAAACUUUCCAAUCGUAACCAUUAAUGGGUUAGGGGUUCUUUUGGAGCUCUCCUUCAUAGCCAUAUAUUUCUACUUUGCUUCAGCUGAUGGAAAGAAGAAGGUCACUAUGUUGACAAUACCUGUACUCGUUUUGUCCUGCAUCACUGCGAUUUUAUCAGCUUUUGUAUUUCAUGAUCACCGCCAUCGCAAAGCAUUUGUAGGAAGUAUUGGGCUCGUUGCAUCUGUAGCAAUGUACGGAUCUCCUCUAGUUGUUGUGAAACAAGUGAUACAGACCAAGAGUGUGGAAUUUAUGCCAUUCUACUUGUCAUUUUUCUCAUUUCUUGCUAGUUCACUUUGGAUGGCUUAUGGACUACUUGGCCACGAUCUUUUUCUUGCGGUCAAAUGUUAG